AUGUUAAAUUAUAGUUCUUGGUAUAGUUAUUGGUACUAUGCUUAUGAAAGGUUAAAUGGACAAAUUGCAAAUCAAAUAAAACCAAUAUUAACAUCAACUACACAAACUUCUUUAGAUUAUUUACAAAAUAAACAAUUAGAAAAAAAAAUAUUAGCAAUAUAUAAUUAUACAAUUCCAAAAAUAAUAGAAUUUCAAUAUUUUAUUACUAAUAUUAAUUAUUUUGUUACUGGAUCUGAAGAUUAUCCUGGAAGAUUAAUUAAACCUUUUUCUAAAGCAUAUUUAUCAAAUGAAAAUUUAAAAUUAUUAGUUGAUUAUUAUACUGAAAUAUAUUCAAAUGAUAAUCUUAAAUUUUAUGCUGAAGGACAAGUAUCUAAUGUUUCAAAUUCAUAUUUAGUUUCAAAAAGAAUUAUAAAAGCUAGUGCUUUAGAAUUAUGUGGUGAAUAUUUUGGAUCUGAACUUACACGUUCUGAUUUAG